UACCAAUUUCUGUGAUUGAAUGUCCUUAUCAAGAAAUAAGAAGCGCAAAGAUGGCUGAUAUAGAGGCAACUAUCGAAUACCUCGAAGACUUGGAACUUUACGACAACGUCAAACCAUAUUGGUGCUCACUUCCGCCCCGAGACGGGUUUGAUCCAGACAAGGAGCGCCUAGAUAAUCUAGAGUUUGAAUCACGGAAGAUCCAAAUCCAUGACAUGAGAUUCCUGAAAGACAAGCCGCGAAUCGAUGUCAAUGGAUUUCAAGUCUUCGAUCACACGACACAGAUAAGCCGAUUCGAGGCCCCAGAAGAUGUCGCUAGGUAUAAGUCGGAGACCGAAGAACUUCAUCUUAAAAACUUAGGAGCUGUGUAUGUGAAGUGUUACGAUAUGGCGCUGAGGACAAAUAUUCUUUUUGACCGAACGGAGUACGAUUUGAAUGAUCCAUUACAUACAGAAGGGCCUGUCAGAGGGGCACAUAACGACAUAUCUCGCAACUUCGGACCACAAAUGAUCAACAAACAUCUUCCCGACAGGGAAAAGGAAUUGUAUAUGAGACCCGGUUACCGAUUUCGGAUUAUCAAUACAUGGCGAAGUUUACUUCCAAUUGUAGAAGACAGACCACUGGCUCUGUGUGAUAGUCGCUCAGUUGCUGCAGCGGAUCUUAUCUCUUGUGAUAGAAUUGUCCCCGAACACAUUGGCGAGGUCUACUUUCUUAAGCAUAACUCAAACCACAAAUGGUACUGGUUAUCUCGGCAGAAAGACUCAGAGCCUUUUGCAUUUGUUAUGUAUGAUACUAAAGCUGGGCCUCAUGCAAGAUUCUGCCCCCACGUUUCAUUCGAUAAUCCCCAAUCCUCUAGAGAAGCUCCGCCACGCGAGAGCGUUGAGACUAGAUCUCUCGUGAUAACUAGAGAGUGAGAAGGAUGAGGCUUGUUGGUAGCGAUAUGAUAAGCAGAGUACAAAUUCCUAAUGCCUAUCCGCCAUGCUGGAGGGCCAUAUUACGAUCUAUAGGCGAUAACAAAAACAUUAAGAUGUAUGAUCGGUCGUUGCAAGCAUCUCGUAUAGCCAAUAAAUCUUCGG